AUGUCUCUAGUUACCGUUCUCGGCUCUGCAAUUCUGUAUCUCAAUUUUGCGUCAAUCCUAGAAGAAGUUGCGCAUUCGGAACUCACGCACGCACUUUACGCCAAAGCCCUGACUGUUGCCCAACAGAGCGGCCUUUUCGAGGUGAGCAGGGGCCCCUCCAUCUGCGAGGCGCUGUCGCAAGAACGCCAAACGGACGCCGCUUGGAAGUCUUGGGCGCGGGUAGAAUCAGCCAAACGUGUGGUGGCGUACCUUGUUGUAACCGACUGUUUGUACACGUCCAGCAUCGGGCCAAAACCCAUGACACAAGUGGAUAUGCUACAUAUCCAUGCUCCUUGCCCUGAAAAUCUAUUUGACGCAGUAGAUGCAACUAGCUGGGCAAAGCUUGCGUCCACGUUACCCGCCGCCUUCAUAGAUCCACCCGUCCUUGACUUCCAGGGCCACAAGGCAACACUCCCGACGACGCUGUCCGCCAGCGUGAUGGGCAUGCACACAUUACUAUCAGCCACAUGGCUCUACAUCGCUGACCUCCGCUACCGUACUCUGCCUUCUAGCACCGAUCCGCUCAGGAACAGCCUGUACCCUGGAGAGAUAUUCCAGGAAAGCUCGACGGGAGCCGCUAUCGCACCUCUCCUCCGGGAGAUCUACGCUUCAGACCACGAGGGUCUGCUUGCCAGCGACCCCAACGCCAUGGCCUUCUGGAACAACAUGUGCGUCAACCUGACGGCCAAUCUCGACCUGUUCGAGGUCGCGGCUGGGCGUGAGGGUAUGGAAGCAGGCAAGACGGCGCUCGAGAAGAUUUUCGUCUGGGCGCAGACCGCGCAUGCGAGGCGUGCUUGUCUCCAUGCCGCCCAGGUCUAUGUCUGCAUGGCGAAGAGAAAAAUAUCAGACGGCACCAUGUUCAUGUCGGAGAUUGCAUUAUUCAACGCUGCGCUCGUGCUGGGACUGUACGUGUAUGCGGCGCCGAACACGCUCGAGACAGGCACAGAGGCAUCGCUGGAACUACUUGACGAGGUGGAUUGGAAUCAGAUUGGGGAUGAGGGACUCCCCGGAUGGAACAUGGAGCACAGCGAUUGCAGUUAUGCGGCAAGGAGGUUCAUCAGCGAAGGAGGCGCCAUUUCGUUCAAUCGGUAUGUUUGCAUCGGGGGUUAUGCCUCGGCGCGAAGGGUAAUUCUAAAUUACGUCGGCCUUCUGGAGGAAGUCGGGAGGUGGAAUUGGCGACGAUUUCGUCACAUAUUACGAGUGAUGAGCGAUAGCAUGGUAGAACUGGGAUGA